AUGCGUUUCUCUUCUGUCUGGCCGGCGUUGAUAUCGCUGUCCUCCACCGUCGCCGCAGUCAGCGUCAAUCCACUGCCUGCUCCUCGCGAUAUCUCCUGGGGCUCCUCCGGUCCUAAACACCUGUCCGAUCGGCUCCUUCUCCGCACCGAGAGUGACAACGACGAUGAAAUCCUCUCCGGUGCUUGGGAUCGUGCCUGGAAAACCAUUCUCUCGCUGAAGUGGGCUCCGGUUGCCACAGAAGCUCCCAUCUCGUCCUUCGAGCCCUUCCCCACGCCUACCCCUGGUGCAUCCCCCAAGACCAAGCGCGACGGUGCGCCUCGCCUACAGUAUCUCGAUGUGGUGGUGGAUGAUAACGAGGCGGAUCUCCAACACGGCGUGGACGAGUCCUACUCGCUUAUCGUCCCGGAAAACGCUGACGCCAUCUCCAUCAAGGCUCGCACUGUGUGGGGAGCUCUGCAUGCAUUCACCACACUCCAGCAACUGAUCAUUACCGACGGGGACGACGGCUUGCUCAUAGAACAACCCGUUGUUAUCCACGACGCUCCUCUCUACCCAUACCGCGGCAUCAUGCUUGAUACCGCCCGUAAUUUCAUCUCCGUCGGCAAGAUCUUCGAGCAGCUAGACGGCAUGUCUCUGUCGAAGCUGAACGUCCUGCACUGGCACCUGGAUGAUGCGCAAUCGUGGCCGGUCCAUAUCGACACGUACCCCGAGAUGACCAAGGAUGCUUACUCCGCCCGCGAGAUAUAUUCCCACGCCGAUCUGCGCAGCAUCAUCGCGUAUGCGCGCGCACGCGCAAUCCGAAUAAUCCCCGAGGUAGACAUGCCGAGUCACGCCUCCGCCGGCUGGAAACAAGUGGACCCCGAGGUGGUGACCUGCGCGGAUUCGUGGUGGUCCAACGACGUGUGGGAGCUGCAUACCGCGGUCGAGCCGAACCCGGGUCAGCUUGAUAUCAUCUACGACGGGACAUACGAGGUGGUGCGGGAUGUCUACGAUGAGCUGUCCGACAUCUUCCCGGAUAACUGGUUCCAUAUCGGCGGGGAUGAGAUCCAGCCAAAUUGCUUCAAUUUCAGCAGCCACGUUCGGGAGUGGUUUGCCGAGGACACCACGCGCACCUACCAUGACCUUCUUCAAUACUGGGUUGACCACGCGGUCCCGAUCUUCCGCAGCUACAGCAACAGCCGUCGGCUGAUCAUGUGGGAAGACGUCAUCCUGUCCGCGGAGCAUGCACACGAUGUGCCCAAGGACAUCGUGAUGCAGAGCUGGAACAACGGACUGGAAUACAUCUCCAACCUGACGGCCCGGGGCUACGACGUGAUUGUCUCCUCUGCCGACUUCAUGUAUCUGGACUGCGGCCACGGCGGCUGGGUGACCAAUGACCCUCGGUACAAUGUGAUGGCGAACCCGGACACGAGCACCCCCAACUUCAACUACUUAGGAGACGGGGGAUCGUGGUGCGCGCCCUACAAGACGUGGCAGCGCAUCUACGACUACGACUUCACACUCAAUCUAACCGAUGCGCAGGCAGAGCAUAUUAUUGGAGCCACGGCGCCCCUGUGGACCGAGCAGGCCGACGACGUGACCGUGUCCAGUUUAUUCUGGCCACGCGCGGCGGCGCUGGCGGAACUGGUGUGGUCUGGUAACCGCGAUGCGAAGGGCAACAAGCGCACGACGGAAAUGACGCAGCGUAUUAUCAAUUUCCGCGAGUAUCUCGUUGCGAAUGGAGUCAUGGCCAAUGCUCUGGUGCCUAAGUAUUGUCUUCAACAUCCUCACGCGUGUGAUCUAUACCGGAACCAGACUGCUGUUGUCUGA